AUGUCCCAGUCAAACGUCUGGACUCAACGCUCCAAACCCUCCUCGGCCUCCGCAUCCCGCACCCCUCAAAACCGCUCCUCCACCGCCUCUCCCAUCCAACCCGAAACAUCUCGACAAGAGAACAGCGGUAGCAAUGGCAGUCGACCUUCCGUGAACAAUGCAUGGGGUCAGCGCGGUACAGGAGGCGGAGAAGCACACAGCUCGUCGGGAAGUGGAUUCAAUGCGAACGAGGUGAAAGCGUUCCUAAGCAGGGAGCCUGCGCCGGAGGCCUACGCGGGUGCGAAGACGAGUGGGGCCGCGGCUUGGGGAUCGAAGGCGAAUGCAAUGGCGAACGGACAGCCGUUUUUGGGACAGUUGGCAAAGCAGAUCGCGGCUGUCGAGGGUGGUGGUUGAAGUGUCGCGGAUGAAGUGUGGAAAGUGAGAAGUGAGAGAGAGAGAGCGGAAUUGCCAUCACGAAGGAAUGCACAGAGGAGAACUACGGACUGCAAACGAAGAAGCCGUAUACCGCAGGAUAACGAAGUCAAUGACAACGCAGAUCACAAAUCGCUGUUAGGACGCUACUG